CCGGCGCCGCACGCGGCUGCCCGAUGACCUCCGAGGGUGGCCCGCCGCCGGCCCAGCUCCUCCGCGCGUGCAGCCCGGGUCCUGGAGCGCUCCAGGCGGCCUUGAUGAGCCCACCGCCGGCCGCUGCUGCUGCUGCCGCCGCCCUGGAGAAUACCUCGUCGUCGUCCUCCGCGGCCUCCGCGCCCUGCGCCCCGCCCGCCCCUACCCCUACGAGCGCCUCGGCGGUUACCAGCAAAGGCACGGGCGGUGGCGGGAGCGCAGGCGGCGGGGUCCCCAAGAAGGCGAGCUCUGGGCUGCGGCGGCCAGAGAAGCCCCCUUACUCGUACAUCGCGCUCAUCGUCAUGGCCAUCCAGAGCUCGCCCAGCAAGCGCCUGACGCUCAGCGAGAUCUACCAGUUCCUGCAGGCGCGCUUCCCCUUCUUCCGAGGCGCCUACCAGGGUUGGAAGAACUCGGUGCGCCACAACCUCUCGCUCAACGAGUGUUUCAUCAAGCUGCCCAAGGGCCUCGGGCGGCCCGGCAAGGGCCACUAUUGGACAAUCGACCCCGCCAGCGAGUUCAUGUUCGAGGAAGGUUCGUUCCGCCGCCGGCCGCGCGGCUUCAGGCGAAAGUGUCAGGCACUCAAGCCCAUGUACCACCGCGUGGUGGGCGGCCUGGGCUUCGGGGCCUCGCUGCUGCCCCAGGGCUUCGACUUCCAGGCGCCCCCGGCGGCGCCGCUCGGCUGCCACGGCCAGGGCGGCUACGGUGGCCUGGACAUGAUGCCUGCGGGCUAUGACGCUGGCGCGGGCGCCCCAGGCCACGCGCACCCGCACCACCACCACCACCACCACGUCCCGCACAUGUCGCCCAACCCGGGCUCCACCUAUAUGGCCAGCUGCCCAGUGCCUGCUGGGCCCGGGGGCAUCGGCGCAGCCGGGGGCGGUGGCAGCGGUGGAGGAGGAGACUACGGGCCAGACAGCAGCAGCAGUCCGGUGCCCUCGUCCCCGGCCAUGGCGAGCGCCAUCGAGUGCCAUUCGCCCUACACGAGCCCCGCCGCGCACUGGAGCUCUCCUGGCGCCUCUCCUUACCUCAAGCAGCCGCCCGCCCUGACUCCGAGCAGCAAUCCCGCAGCCCCUGGAGGCCUGCACUCCAGCAUGUCCUCCUACUCACUGGAGCAGAGCUACCUGCACCAGAACCCCCGCGAGGACCUCUCAGUGGGACUGCCUCGAUACCAGCAUCACUCUACCCCAGUGUGUGACAGAAAAGACUUCGUCCUCAAUUUUAAUGGCAUUUCUUCUUUCCACCCCUCAGCUAGCGGGUCAUAUUAUCACCACCACCACCACCAGAGUGUCUGUCAGGACAUUAAGCCCUGUGUCAUGUGA